AUGAAAGCAGCUGAAAUAAAACCUUAUCUCGAAGAGAAAUUUGUAUUUCUCAGCGGGGCCAUCGAUAAGAAAGGCUACUUAAUAAUAACAUUUCCUUGUUCAGCAACAAUUGAGAAAUUAUCCGGAGAAGAAUUGAAAAAGCUUCUAAUUUAUUUAGCAUCGAUAAAUAGCUCAUCAAAUGGUGAUCCACGAUUUACUUUUAUUGUUGAUAUGCGACAACGUACAUGGGAAAAUUGUAAACAUAUUUUUAAAGUUCUACAAGAACAAUUCCCAUAUAAAAUAGAACAUGUAUAUAUUGUUAAACCCGAUGGAUUUUGGGAUAAACAUAAAAUCUCGCUGGGCAUGUCGAAAUAUACAUUUGAACAUUCUGUUCAAUCACUUGAAAGUUUAACUUACGCUAUUGAUCGUAAUCAAUUAACACCUGAUUUAAAUGGAACAUUCCAAUACAAUCAUAUACGUUGGUUAGAUUUUCGAUUAAGUUUAGAAUCAUUUGUAUAUAAUUCAAAAGAAACUUUGCAUGCCUAUGAAUUACUUUAUAAUGAAUUGCAACAAGCUGAUGUAUCGAAUAAUGUUGCACGUGCUCAAGAUGCCAUUGAAACGCAUAUGACAGUAUUUAAAGAUCAAUUAUCACGUGUUAAUAUCGAGCCAUUGAUAAACGAUGGACAACAUUUAUUAAAUAUGUUAAAAGGAACUGGUUCCGAUAGUGAAAAUGCCAUGGUUAAAACGCUUCAGCAACGAACGUACCCAUUAGAUUAUUUUGAUGAAGCAAGAAAAAUUUCACUGGUGAUGGACAAUCUUCGUUCGGCAAAAGAACGAUGCUUUCAAUUAUGGCAUCAGAAAAAAAAUCGUUUAGAACAAAAUUUACAAUUGAGAUUAUUUGAACAAGAUUGUGAUCGAUUAUGUUCAUGGAUUGCAAGUAGUCGUGCGAUACUCGGACCUAAAUAUACGGAUAUUGGUUCAAGCUGUUCGGAAGCAAUGCAACUCUUAGCUGAACAUGAACAAUUUGCUAAAGUUUGUUUAAAUAAUGAAACAGUUAUACGUCGAACACAGAAUGUAGGCGAUCGAUUGAUAUCAAGCGGACAUUAUGCAACCGGUGCUAUCAAAAGUCAAAUGAAUCGCUUAAAUGACGAAUGGGAAAGCUUAACACGAUUGCUGGACAAUCGCACAAAUAUUCUAACAGCUUCACUUCAAUUUCAUCAAAAAGCUGACGAAUAUCUUGUACAAGUGCCAACAUGGAAACAUUUAUGUUCAUUAACAGAUGAUUUAACAGCCAUUGAAAGUAUGGAACAUUUAGAACGUUUGCUGCAACAGCAUUUCAAUUUAUCGGAAAAUAUUUCAAGAAUUUAUGCUCAAAUUUGUAACGAUGGUAAAGCUAUUAUUGAUUCAGUAGCUCCAUCGCAACAGACAACGAAUGAAUAUCAAUUUGAUUUUCGCGCUGGUGCUAAGCAUAUUCUUGAAAUUGUUCAAGAAAUUUUAGUUAAUCAUCGAUAUCUUGAUGCGAAAUGGAAUCAACGUAAAGCUUAUUUACAGCAAAGACUUAGUUUUGUUGCAUUUGCUAAUGAUGUUCAACAGAUUCUCGAUUGGAUUGAAAAACAUGGUGAUGCAUUUCUUCAAAAGAAUCUUGCCGUUGGCAUUGGCAAAUCUCUUCGACAAGCAAAAAAACUAGAUAAAAUGCACACAGAUUUUGAAAUGGCUAUUAAAAAUACAAAAACUAAUGCCGAGAAUUUAAUAGCCGCUGCUGAUAAUAUGUAUAACGAACAAAUACAACAACAGAAACUAGCUCAAACAAAUAAUACCAAUCAAAAUGCUGAAGAAGAAAAUGCUGAUAAACAACUGAAUCAAGGUCGAGCUAAAAUCUAUCAGUUAGCGCAUGAUCUCGAACGUCGUAUGCGUGAAUUCGAUGAGCGUGUAGCACGUCGACGUUAUAUUCUUGAUAUUAAUCUUAAUUUCCAUACUCAUUGCGAAGAAUAUUCAGAUUGGUUGACACAAGUUGAACUUGUUUGGUCAACAACAGGAGGCGAUGACGACGAUCAUGUAAUGAUUGCUGCUAAUUGCGAAGAAAUGCUUGAAGCUUUAAUAGAACAACGCGAAGGAGCAAUCGAAGCAUGCGCCACAAUUGAACAAGAAGGACAAAUUCUUUUAGAUUAUUUAACUGAAGUGCAAUCAAAAAUAACACCAAAUGAUACAACACCAUCGCCGCAAUAUACAAAUCUAUUAGCCUUAAUUGAAUCGAUUCGUAAGAAAACAAAUGAUUUGGAAGCAAUUUGGGAAAAACGACGAUUACGUGUUGAACUAUUCGUACAAAUAAAACAUUUUGAAAUAUAUUCACGUGAAGUGUCACAUUUACUUGAUAUUUGGUCACACGAAUUGGUCAAAAUGCAACAACAGCAGCAGCAACAACAACAACAGCAACAGUCAGCCAAUUCUGUUAGUUCUGCUAUUAUCCCAGUCGCUCUUCCAUUAGCUUUACAAACGCUCAUUAAUGGAGCCACAACGACAACGCGCCAUCGUUCCCAUCAUCAUAGCAGCGAUCGAGCAACUGGCAAAGUGGAUGAUUGGGCCCAAGUGCAAGAACAUAUACACACACGCGUCGCACAAGUCGUACAACGUGGUAGAGACUUACUUAGUUUAAUGGAAAAAUCACCAGAUUUCAAAGUUAUACUCGAACAACAAUCGUCUGGAAACAACGAAUCAUCUAGUACUGUAAAUGCACCUCAACAACAAUCGCUAAUACCUUCUCCAGAUCAAAUCUGCAAUUUACUCUUAGUAAUGAAUGACCGCGAACAAAAAUUAUCAGAAUUAGCAACACAACAGCAAAAGCUUAUUCUAUGGCGUGUGCAAUUUGUCAGACUGGAGCGCGAUUGGAAUGAUAUUAAAAUAAUGAUCAAUAAUUUUGAAGCUAAAUUAGCAUCAAAUUUAACAUUAGCUAUUAGUUUAACCGAUGCUGAAAAAUUCCAUCGUGAUCAUGAAGAUAUCAAACCAUUUGUUGAUAGAAUUUGUGAACGCAUUGAUACUCUUCAACGUAAAACAGAAAAAUUAUCUACUCUUAUAUCAAAUAAUGAUGCGUCAUCUGGCCCAAGCGAGCUAAUAAAUACAUUAGUAUCAGGACGACAAAAAGUGCAAUUACAAUUUGAAGAUCGUUUACGAUUAAUAAAUGCACAAAUUAUUUUUUAUAAAUCCUCCGAACAAGUUUCGCAAAUGUUAGAUACACUUGAACGUGAAUAUCGUACAAUUGAAGAUAUUCAUGAAAAAUUGAAAUCCUAUACCGAUGAUGAAAUACAAAAGAUCUUAGCUGAUCGUUUGGAACAACUCGAUGAAAAUAAACAUAGUUUUUUAAGGGCAUGUACAGUUGCUCGUCAAAAAUCAGAUUUAUUUCAUAAAUACGCACUUCGUAAUGCAGCUAAUCUCAUAAAACAUGAAGCCUACUUGAAACCGCUCGAGCAAAAAAUCAAAAAUGUUUCAACAAUAUUGAAAAAUAAAGAAGAUACGGUUCUAAAUGCUUGGCAUCAUCGAAAAAAGAUUAUUGAUGAAUAUUUACAAUAUAUUUCCUUUAAACGUAAUACAGAUAAAGUUUUCGUAUGGAUCGAUGAACACGAUGAAUGUUUCGUAUCAAAACUUGAAGCAUUGGAUAUCAACGAUGAUGGCUAUAUGGAUUUCGUUCGUGCACUGAAGGAAAAGAAAACAAUGGUACGGAAACUUGUUGAACGAGCUGACGUAUUAGUGGAGCGUUCGCAUUCAUUUGCGCCACUUAUUAAAGAUACAUGUAAUCGACUCGAUUCUGGUUUUAAUAAUUUUUUUCAAAAAAUCAUGAGAAUUAAUAAUAAAGAGGAAAUUGAUAAAGAAGCUGGCCGAAAGAGCGACUCCAGUUUAGAAGAGAAAUUAGAACAACAAGAAUUAAAUGAAGGAAAACGAAAAGCAGCUAAACAAAGAGAAUUAAUUUUUAAUGAAUUACUCAAUACAGAACGUGCUUAUGUUGAUAGUUUAAGUAAAUGCAUUCAAUAUUAUCUUGGUGAAAUGCGUCAACAUGUGGAAGAAGUUCCAGAAUUUUUACGCAAUAAAGAAUCAAUAUUAUUUUUAAAUAUCGAAGAAAUUCAGAAUUUUCACAAGAACCUAUUUCUCAAAGAUUUGGAACGAUACGAAGAUAGUCCGGAAGAUGUUGGCCACUGUUUUGUCACUUGGGCAAAACAAUUUCAUAUUUUUUAUGUUGAAUAUUGUAAAAAUAAUGAAUCAUGUAUCAAAGUAUUAACACAGUAUCGUGGUCCAUAUUUUGAAACAAUACAACAUAAAUACCAAAUCGAUACAAUCAAUUCUUACUUAAUUAAACCUGUUCAACGUAUAACAAAAUAUGAAUUAUUACUACAACGUUUAAUGUCUUGUUGUGAAGAAUCGAAAGGUGAAGUUAAAGAAGGUUACGAUCUCAUGUGUAGUGUACCGAAGAAAGCUAACGAUGCCAUGCAUCUUAGUUAUCUUGAAGAACUUGAAGCUGGUCUAACUAAGGAAGCAUUAGGUGAUGUAUUGCUUCAGAAUACAUUUCAAAUUUGGGAUUCAAAACAAAUCAUUAAAAAAGGCAAAGAACGACAUGUUUUUCUAUUUGAGACAAGUAUUGUCAUCGCUAAAAUUCUCAAGCCAGUUGCCCGUGGAGCUGUUCGUUAUAUUUAUAAAUAUAAAUUAAUGACUGCGGAAAUCUUUGAUGUGAAAGAACAUUUAGAAGCAGGUGAACCUUGUAAAUUUGCAUUAUAUACAGGUCGUCCUAUGUCAUCGCAUACAGCUGAUCUUCGAGUGACGCUUAAAGCCAAUGAUCUCAGUACAAAACAGCAAUGGGUUAUUCGUAUACGAGAACUCAUUCAAGAGAAUGAUCUUUAUCAUGAUUUAUCAAUGCAUGAAACAAAUACCAAACAAACAUCAAUACAGAAUAAGAUUUCACAGCUUAUUAAUAAUAAUCAGUCAGAUAGGCGAUCACAAGAAAUAGCCGAUAAUGUAUCCGAUGAAUUUGAACAUAUAAGUCGUGGUGGUUCAUUAUCUAGUAUGACAACUGGUUCAUUUUCAAGUAGCGGCCAAUAUCAUCAAAUGCAGCAGACAACCACUGAAGAAGAAAAACAUACGGAAAACACUGUACGUAAAUGGUAUAAUAAUAAUAAUAAUGGUGAUGAUGAUGAUGAUGACGAUGAUGAUGCGAGUAAUCAAAGUGAAAAUCAGCCAACACAACAAUUGCCAAAUGCAACAAUAGCAAACAAAAUCGAAAGAGUCUUACGUAAAAUAAAUGCAUGGACAAAUGAAAGUGUAUCAGCGUCAACAAAUAAUAGCGAUAAUAAUAUACAGAGAGAAACACUACAAGAUACAGCUUUCAACGAAACAAAUUUAUCAGCCUAUGAUAAUAUCCAUCAUAAACAAGAAAAUAAAUCGCGUUCUAAAAAAGCAACAUCACAUAAAUCAUUGGAUUCGGUUCGACAACGAUGUUCAUCAACACAUGCUGAACCGAAUAUGAUUAAAAAUCAGCAAAUAUCAAACGAUCGACCAUAUUCCAUGACAUUUGCCAAUGAACCAUUAUCAUCCAUGAAAAUCAAUGAUAAUAUCAAUUAUACUUGCGGAGGAUUCAAUAGAAAGAAAAAAACACCCGAUUCCAAAGUUCAGUUUUCUUCAUUUCGCCAAAAACAAUCAUUUGGUAAACAUCCGGUUCUGAUUAAUUUACUUGAUAAUAACAAAACUCAACGCCAAUCACUCUAUUCUCAGCAUACUAAUUUAGCACCUCUAUCAUCGAUGUAUGGCUCUGAUUUUUUCUAUCCACCUACAACAACCACGGAAGAAAUCGAACAACAACAACAACAACAUCAACACGACUACGAUAAUUUAACCUUUCCUCAAAAUUCGUCUCAUCGCUAUUAUGAUCCAUUUCCAAUUCUUGUUGAUUGUCAACACUGUAAUCGAACUAUUGAUCGAUCAUCAGUUCGUGACAUAUCAUGUCAAGUUCCAUCGGAUGAAGACGAAGAUCAAAAGAAUAACUGUCAAGAUGUGCAAUAUAAGCAUCAGAAAGCGAAAAGAUCAUCACCAAUUUAUGAAUCACCAAGAUCGUCGCCACCAUUAUGUCAACCACCAAUGGCAAUCAAUCUAUUAGCACCAUAUCAUUUUCGACGAAAACGUUCUUUAUCAUCCUACGCUUCUUUGCAUAGUCGUUCGAAAUCAGCUCCAUCCGCUGCAUCUUCAAUUGUAUCAUCGAAUUCAAGUCGUUCGAAGCAUUUUUAUGAGAAGAAAAUAAAAAAUAAUAAUAAUACUAACCGGUUACAAGCAUUACUUUCCCCUUUACAAACGGUUACAGCAGUACCGACUCUAGUACCUGAAACUGCUUCGGUUUCAGCAACGCCGUCGACUACAGCCCUUCUUCGUUCUAUAAAAACAUCAAUACAUGCUAUGAAAAAGCGUCUCAAAGAUAUUCGUCGUUUGUCCGAGGAUUCGAACGUGACAACUGUGUUAGAUGAUUAUACGGCACGUAGUUCACAAGAACUAUCUGUAAGUAAGGGACAACACGUUCGCGUCGUACAACGGCAGCCACCUAAUGCGCCCGAUUGGUGUCUUAUACGUUUAUUGAACGAUCACAAUAAUCCAUCGAGUCCAUCAUCACUUGCUACUUCAUCAACAACAAUCACAACUGGUUCAUUUGAUUUAUCAUCGCCACCGCCAUCCUCGUCAUCUUCAAAAUAUAUUGAAGGCCUUGUACCAGCAGCUAUUCUCAAAGCAACUAAAUCGUCAGCAUCAAAUACUCAUCCACUGCCACCAUUAGCUCUUUCAACAAGCACUAAUAAAAAUGCCAUUUUGAAUAAUGCAGACGAUCCUCAAAAUAGACAACAACAAUCCGCAGCUGUUCAUUUUAGUAAACGUAAAGCUAGUUUUAGGCGAAUUCUUAAAAAUCCAGUUCGGCGUCUUAGUUUGAAAGAUAACAGUAGUAGUAGUAGUAGUAGUAAAGAUGUGAAAACUCCAACACCACGUGAUUUAAUAGCUGCAUCGACAUAUAUCAUAUCAACAGAUAGUGCCGAUGGUGUAUCGAAUAAUAAUAGCAAUAAUAAAAAACAAUCCAUAUCAUCGAAUUCCACAACAUCAGCGGCAGCAUCAAGACUCAAAGCAUUCACAUUUGUAAACGCCGAAGAUUUAACGUUGUUUCCUGAUGAUACGGCAUUAGGAAUAAAGAUGCCACGUCUUCCAUGGACAAAAAAGUAUAGACUAAUACCAUCGGCAAAAAAAUGGACUAUUCGAAAAAAUAUAAAAGAAGAAGAAGAAGAAGAAGAAGAAGACACAGAACUCAAAUUUAAUUCGGCAAGUAAAUUUAUGGAUGGUACUAGUGGUAUGAAUGGCGUAUUUAAAUUAACUGGAUCAUCAUCAUCAAGUGCAACAACUAUUGUAUCUCCAUCAACAACACUUACUGGCGAUGACCUAGAAAAUGAUGUUAUUGAAGUACCACCACCCAUGGAUAUUCAAGCUCAACCAAAACUAUCUGCUGAUGCAAAUGCCGAUAAAGUCGCAACUGACGAAACUUCAUCACUCGCACCUAUCAGUAUUGUUACUGGACUUUCAGCAAGUGAUUUCAAUAUCCCAGGUGCCUUGUCAGUGACAACGCCGGCCGUCAAUGAUGCAUCGACAACGAGUAGUUCGGUGCCACCGUCAAGUAUUCUACAACAAUAUCCAUCAACAAUACCGGCAUCAUCAUCUCUUUCGUCAUCUCCGUUGUCAACAAGACCAAGAACGACAACGAAUACCGAUUCAUUAUUACCUUCAUCAUCAACAACAACAACAACAACAACAACUGUGAUUUCAAAUGAUAAUCUUAAUGAACAAACCGAUGAAAUAUCUUUACAUGAUACUGAUACAAAUAUUGAUUCAUCAUUAACAGCACAAAGUUCAGUAACAACCAACGAUGAGCCAGUUGAUGAUCGAACAAAAUACGGUGAAAAACGAAGACAUAAUAUUGUCGAAUUAAUUGAAACUGAAAAAGAAUACGUCAAAGACUUGGCAUUGAUCGUUGAAGGUUAUAUGAAUGUUCUUGAAAAUGAUAAAGAUAUUAAAAAGCCAGCAGGUCUUGUUGGUCUUGAACGUGUUGUUUUUGGUAAUGUGCAAAGAAUUUAUGAAUUUCAUCGAGAUACAUUCUUACCACAGCUUGAACAAUGUAUUGAAAAUCCUGAUAUACUCGGUCGAUUAUUUACCACAAAUCGAUUUAGUCCUUAUGUACGAUAUUGUGAGAACAAACCACGUUCAGAAUACAUUGUUUCUGAAUAUCAUGAUUAUUUCGAAGAAAUUCGUAAAAAACUCGGUCAAAAAUUACUUGUGUCGGAUUUAUUAAUAAAACCAGUACAACGUAUAAUGCGUUAUCAAUUAUUACUCAAAGAAAUACUCAAAUCAACCGAGCGUAUGCAUGAUGAACCACGUGCUAUACGUAGUGCAUUACAAGUUAUGAUUGAAGUACCACGAUUAGCCAAUGAUAUGAUGAAUGUUGGUCGUAUUAAAGAUUUACCAACAAAUGUCCAUCAAUUAGGUGAACUUAAAUUACAAGAUAUGUUAUCUGUUAGUGAACCAAUAUCAAAAGAAACCAAAGAUGCGAAAGAAGCGGAAAAGAAAUUAAAAGAGCGACGAGUAUUUUUAUUUCAACAAGCAAUGGUAUUCUCAGAGGAACUGCCGGCUAAAGAUAAAUAUUCAAGUCCAAAUUAUAUUUAUAAAUAUGAUUUAAAAAUCAAUAAAUUACAACAUAAAGAAUUUAAACGCAACAAAGAAUCAUUUCAAUUUACAUUAGUCGAAGUUGAUGUUGGUAAUACACGUCGAGUUGUAUGUCAAUGUAAAGAUGAUGAACAAUAUGAAUUAUGGGUUACGAAUGUAGAGAAAGUGCUUCAACGUCAGAUGGAUCUUAUUAUAGCUCUUACUAAUCCAACAGCUGCUCUACAAAAAGAGCAAGAUUCGUCGAUGUCAUUGUUUAUACCAAAUUUAUCAACACCAACAACUCGAAAUCAAAUUAAAAAAUCGAUGUCUGAUCGUCCUAAUAAAUCACCUGAAUCACUAUCACCAACACAUCUUUUAUCGCCAUCACCAAAACUUCCGACUCCAUUACUAUCACCAUCACGUACAUCAUCGAAUUCGGACGGAUCAUCGCCAACACCAACAACAGAAAAUUCGAAUAAAAAAUCAUCGUUUAAUUUAUUUGAUUCGAUUUUACAACGUUCAAUAACAAAACCAUUAACAAUAAAUACUUCAACACAUCAUGAUGUAGCUCAGCCGAAAAAAUUAGGAACACCAUUAUCAUCAUCGUCAUCCAUGUCUAACACACAAUUGCCUGAACAAGCUCGUUGUUUACAUAGUUAUAAUGCAAUAAAAGAGGAUGAAAUAUGUGUUCACAAAGGUGAAUAUGUACAGAUUGUUGCUGCUAAUCAAGAUAAUCGAUGGUUUGUUCAUCGGGACGCUAAUCGGACAUCGCCAGCUGCUGAAGGCUGGAUACCAGGAUUUGUUCUUGGACUUAAAAAUCCUAAUUCAACAUUGCAUCAAACAUUAUCUUCAUCUUCACCAGUAUCAUCAUCUUCAUCAUCAUCUUCCCAGCAGCAUCCAAGUUUAUCAUUAUCAGCUAAUAGUCUUCAUCGUUUAACUACAACAACGACAUCAUCAUCAUCAACGGCUCAUCAUCCAACUAUUACCUAUGAAUCAACUUUACCUCCUAAACCUCAAACGAGUACUUGCGAUAAGCGUCUCAGUGGUGUUCUACGAUAUAGUGGACCUGAAUUGAAUAUAUCUGUACAUGAUCGAAGUGUAUUUCUUGGUCAACCUUUGAUUCUUCAAGGUCAUGUUCUUGGCAAUCCACGACCAGCUGUUGUUUGGCAACAUCCACAUGGCCAUGCAUUAGCUGAUGAUGGUGUAAAUAUCUAUACACAUUAUGGAGAUGAUGGGACAAUUCAUCUACAAAUUCGUUCGAUAUCUAUGCAAGAUACUGGUAUCUAUGAAUGUACAGCUACAAAUCCUCAAGGUACUGUUUCACAACAAAUUACUGUACAAGUAAAAGAUUCAACCGAUCAUCAUAAACUUGAACAGGUUCGAUGGUCAGCAAAAUAUCGGCCCAAUGAAUAUCGUGAAUUGAAUGAAAUAGCUCGAGGACGUAAUUCAAUUGUUCGUCAAUGUAUUCAUAUAUCAACCGGUGAUGUGUGUGCAGUGAAACUGAUAUCGAAAAAAAUUAUUUCACAUGAACGUGCUCUACAUGAAUAUGCUCUUGUUUCAUCUAUACGUCAUGAUUCAAUUAUACGAGUAUUUCAAUUUAUUGAAACUAGCUCUUCUUCGAUAAUUAUUUCUGAAUUGAUAUCCGGUGGACGGCUAUUUGAUUAUCUCUGUUUACAAUCGAUCAUAAUUGAACAGAAUAUAGCAAAAUAUUGCCGACAAUUAUUAGAUGGAGUCAAAUAUUUACAUCAUUGCAAAAUUGUUCAUUUAGAUAUACAGCCGGAAAAUCUUCUUAUCAAUACUGAAUAUGAUCAAGUCAAAUUAUGUGAUUUUGGUGAUUCAAUUCGUUUAUCAAAUAUGAAAUAUGUUCAUCGUAUGAGUGGAAAUAUUGAAUUUGCUGCGCCAGAACUAAUUCAUGGAAAUAUUCCUGUUCAUUAUAAAACAGAUAUCUGGUCAAUCGGUGUGAUUUUAUAUACGUUACUAUCGGGUCUUUCGCCAUUUCUCGAUGAAACUGAUGAACAAACAUGUGCCAAUAUAAUCAAUAUUGACUUUAAUUUUCCUGAAAGUCAAUUUCCCUAUGCAUUUCAAGCUGCAAAAGAAUUAAUUCAAAUCAUAUUUGUUCGCGAACCAAAUAAUCGUCCAUCAGCAAGUGAAUGUCUAUUGAACGAAUGGCUUCAUCAUGCUGGCCAAUAUCAAAUUUCAACAACUAAUUUAAAUAAUUUUAUUGAACGAAGAAAAAUUUUAAGUGAAAAAUCUUAG